CAGGUCUCGCGCCGUCCUCCGCCACCGCGCAGGCAGGAAAGCAAAGCAAAGCCGAGCCGCCAUGGUCCUCUCGAACGCGAUCCGCGCGGCGACGCGCGGCGUCCGCACGUCCUCCGCCGCGGCCAUGUCGCUCCCCGCGCUGACGACCCCAGCCGCGGGCAAGCCGUCGAUCUUGGGCGCGAUCUUCGGAGGCGCGACCCCUCCCGCCGCGCCGCCGAUGGACACGCCGCUCCCGGGCCUCGCGAUCCCGGACCCGCCGCCGCACCCCGCGACCGCGCCGACGACGCACGUCACCGUCCUGAGCAACGGCGCGACGAUCGCGUCGGAGGACGCGCCGGGGGCGUCGCUCGCGGUCGGCCUGUACGUCGGCGCGGGCUCCAAGCACGAGAUCCCGGGGUACACGACCGGCGCGGCGCAUCUCCUCGAGCGGUGCGCGUUCAGGGCGACCGCGAACCGAAGCACGUUCCGCCUCACGCGCGAGGCGGAGGCGGUGGAACUUCUCGCGGACGCGGCGCUCAACCCGAAAUUCGCGGAUCACGAGGUGGACGCCGUCGCCGCGCAGCUCAAGAAGGAGAUGCAGGAGAUGGCGAAAGACCCGAGCGCGCUCAUCAUGGAGGCGCUGCACGCGACCGCGUUCGAGGGCGGGCUUGGGCAGCCGCUCGUCGCGUCGCCGGCGGCGCUGUCGCGAUUGAACGCCGCCGCGUUGAAAGAUUUCGUCGCCGACAACUACGUCGCGCCGCGGCUCGUGCUCGCCGCCGCGGGUUGCGCGCACGCGGAGCUCGUCUCCCUCGCGGAGCCGCUGCUGUCGUCGCUCCCCAAGGCGAAGGGGCAGCCGUCGAUCCCGUCGCGGUACGUCGGCGGCGAUUACCGCGUCGGCGGCGACGCGCCCGCGACGCACGUCGUGCUCGCGUUCGAGUGCGCGGGCGGAUGGAAGGAUCAUAAGAGCGCCACCGCGAUGACCGUCUUCAACACGCUCAUGGGCGGCGGCGGGUCCUUCUCCGCGGGCGGCCCGGGCAAGGGCAUGUACUCGCGUCUGUACACGCGCGUGCUGAACAAGCAUCACUGGGCGCAAAACUGCACCGCGUUUCACUCCGUGUUCGACGACGUCGGCGUCGUCGGCGUCUCCGGCGUCGCCGACGCGGGCAAGGCGAGCGAGAUGGCCGCGGUCAUGGCGCGGGAGAUGCUCGCCGUCGCGUCCGGGGGCGUGACGGAGGAGGAGCUCGAGCGCGCCAAGGCGGCGACGAUCUCGUCCAUCCUGAUGAACCUCGAGUCCAAGGCGAUCGUCGCCGAGGACGUGGGGCGCCAGAUUUUGACGUACUCUGAGCGAAAGCCGCCGGGGGAGUUCAUCGCGCAGAUCCGCGCGCUGACGGUGAAGGACAUGACGGAGUUCGCCAAGGGGGCGAUCAAGUCCGCGCCGACGCUGUGCCAGGCUGGGGACUUGUCCUCCGCGCCGAGGUACGACAAGGUGAAGGCGAUGUUCAACUGAUGAAGCGACGGACGGAGACACCUUUGAACGGAACGGAGGACGCGAGGAGAGACGCUGGAG